AUGCUCCCGCAGUGUGAUCCCGCGAUCCUUAAUGAUAACCCACGUUUCCAAGCACUUCAUCAGCAUUUAACAACUUCAAUUCUAAAGCCAGAUGGAUCGACGCGCGAGUUGGAUGGGGAUCCGUCGCGGAGAGAGGUGCAAGUUGAGCUUAAGGAACUCCAGAUCCGCGCUGCGAAGAGAUGCAUCUUGAAAAGGCUUGUGUGCCAGUUACCGUAUGAUUUGAAGAAUGGCCUACCCGAUGAACUACGGGACCUAGUCGCCAUCAUUGCGCUUUAUCUCGAUCAUCCUACGUCGAAUACCAAUUCAAGCCGAAGCACUAACGACAACGCAGACAGCGUCGACGACACCCUCUCCCUUCUUGGACCAGACUUAAACGCCUUCAGGUCACACCUCCCCAGCCUUCUUCCCGCAAUCCGCAACAAGCUCGACUCAGAGCUAAGCCAUCUAAAGAGUCUGGCGGACGCUACAUCGCCAAAUCAUGCUACUAAAAAACCGGACCAAUCCCGCAUUCCACAGCAGACUCGCUCUAAUGACAGUCGGCUUCGCCCUCUGUCGUUGAAGCCUACUAUGUCAUAUUCCUCGUCCGCCUCCAUCGCAAAAUACUCUCUUUCAGCACAGCUGUUCAAGCGACAACAAGCACUCCGGACGUUACAGUCCGUGGACCUGCCGGCUGCGCAGAGACAGUUAGCAGUUACGGGUGCAGAGGUCCUUUCUGCGCAUACUCGUGUGAUGGAGCGGAUGAUACAGGUGCUUGAGAGGACGAAGCACGGAUCGUUGGCGAGAGCAGGGAAAGCGAGAGCGGAAUACCUAGCAGCUGUGGCAGAGGGGUUGGACGGGAAGGUCAGGAUCAUGCAGCAAGAUAUUCUCUCGAGUAUAUACACGCCCGAAACGCUCAGCGCGUUGCAGAGCUAUCGCAGAUAUCUCCAUGAUACCCGUGUCCAGUUGGAAGAACGGGAAAAGAAGGCCUUGCAGGAGUUGGAGACUUAUGAAGUUGCUAAUAACUCCUCGAGAGCCGGCGGUGAUUCACGAGGGACCCGGGCGGGAGCUUUGGGCGAUAUCCCGAAGAGAUAUGGAUCCUUGAUUCGGGAGGUGGAAGCUGUGCGGAUGGAGAUUAGACGACUUGGUGGGAACAUGUAG